AUCACAUGCUACAACUGUCGGUAUUCAGCCGGUCUUUAAACGGGGAUCAUAACGUUACGUAAUUUUGUGAAACGGUUUAACAUUAAAUAUUGUUUAUUAGUUAGAUAUUAAAUUGUUAUCAGUUAAAAUGGUUUAUUAUUACAUUUACGCGAAAGAUUACUCAGCUUCAACUGAAGAUAUUGAUUUUUAUCAUGAAAACGGCUUAAAAACAGUGGAACGGUUCAAAACUUUCCGUCGCGGCGACAUUUUUAAAAAGUCAUUGCACCAUUUACCGUAACAGUGAACUCCUUGAUAAUGUUGAUAUUUCUGAGCAAUUUGACUAUAGUAAGAUCAACAUUAAUAACUUUGAAGCCGAAAAAGCUAAUUUGAAGUCUUAUAUUAGGUUGAAGUACAUCAAUAAAUUCAAAAAAGAUGCCCUUGCUUUGCAAGAAAUAGAUAAAUUGAAGAUGCUAAGAAAUCGACUAUUUGAAGAGUUAUCUAAAUCGGAACAGAACAAAACUAAUCUAGAUACUAAGGACAGAAAUAAAUUUAUGCGCGAGUUUAGCAAGACAGUAUGGUAUAAAAAUCUUAAUGGUUUGGAACAUGGUAUUAAAGUUGAAGUUGAGAAAUCUAUUUCAACUUUGAUCAAUUACAUAAUCAGCGAUAAUAAAUCUUACUCGUUUGACGCAUUGAAAUUCGAGAAAAAAUUCAACAAUCCCAUUGAAGAAGCGCCGAUGAUUGAUAUUAUCCCGACUGAACAAGAAAUUGAAUUUCCUGAUAUUAUUCUGGACGACGACAAAGGAAUACCUAAUUUAAUAUUUAAUUUACUGGACAAAAUUAUCUUUCAUAGAACAGACGCACAGACAGAAGUGUCACCGGCCAGUUUCAGUAAGUUUAAAUCAACAAUGGACUGUCCAUUAUUUUUGUUAAACGAUCCAGAUAUUAGUGAGUCAAUUGGUUACUUUUAUACUUUAAAUGUUUACAAACAAUUAAUAGAGAACACUACAAAGACAGAACCGCGUACGCGAAGACCGUAUCACGGCGGGCUUGUGUUAACCGACACCAAUGACUUUGAUGAAUAA